AUGGACCAACACCUCGAUUUCGAUUCCUUGAUCAACACCCAAUUCCCGAAUCCAUCCGGCGGCGAAACUUCCAACGGAGCCUACCUGACGACGCCGUCUCGCCAGAGCUUUUUGCCACCAGUUCCCUCGUAUCCUGAGAUCCCAGCGACCUAUCAGCCAUUUGGGACGCAGGAUUUCAGCCCUCUCUCGCGAGCCUUGUCUGAGCCGGUUCCUGAAUUCAGCAUGGACAUGUUUCUGCCGCAGGUGAGCCCUUCUCCGUCGCCGUUCCCAAAUUCACCACCACCAUCUCUGGGGGGUGACUACACCGUGGGGCUGCCUCCGCGUCCGACCGUGGGGGGCAUCUCGGUGAGAGGCUCCGGCAGUGGUCAGCCGCCGAUAAAUACUCACAGUGUGGUCAUGCCUGGGUUGAAUUUGGGUGACAAUUCACGGAACAUGAUGUAUCCGAAGGCGGUUGGCGAAACUAAUUUGGUUGUUGGAGAAAACCAAUCUGCUUUAUUCAGCAGCGGUUCCGAUGGGAACAAACGUAAGAGAGAAGCAGGCAAAGCGGUUGCUCCGUCAAGCAAUGAUCAGUUAACUGCCUCUGAAAUGAAACGGGUUAUGGCCUGUGAAAAACUCUCAGGGAUUGCUCAAACAGAUGUUGGGAAAGCCAGAAGGAUCUUGUCUAACCGCCAAUCAGCUGCACGUUCAAAGUUAAGGAAGGCCGAGUACCAUGCCUCCUUGGAAGAAAAAGUAAAGACUCAUGCGGCUGAAUCUCAGGCAUCCAAGGUUCUCAUCACACAGUUGGAGAGUGAUAAACUGGAGAUGGCCAUCCAGAUCAAGCAACUCACGGUUCGUCUCCAGGAAUCGACUACGGAAAAACGACUUUCUUCUUCCUUGGUCCAAGCACUGAGUGACCAAGUCCGAAGGCUGAAUGGGUUGCUAUUUGGCGGAGGGAGCUACAAUGGCGCCAGCGGACCAAACAUGCAGCCACUGAACCCAGACAUGAACCAGAAGUUGGACAACAGCCAGUUUCAUCAGCCGCAGAUCAAUCCUGGUCAUUUCCAGUGA